UGCACUGGUGUCGGUGUUACCGGUCGGCUGUGACACCACCGGCAGUGACACCCCCGCCUCUCCACCGCCGCCCGCCCCGGGGACCGCCGAUGCGCGCACUGGCGCUGAUCGUCGCGCUGGCCGUGCUGGCAGCCUGCCGGCCUGUCGCUGGGUCCUCGUCCAAUGCCACCGACCCGGAGAGGCUCGGGGGUCCUGGACAGAGGGAGCCCGAAACCCGCGAGGGUGAGGCCAUGUCCGGUCCCGACUACGAGGAGGAUGAGGAGUACGAAGAGGCGUUGCCCGUCCAUCAGUACAUAGUGGACGACUUGAUCCGAGUUGAACCAGUGGUUAAGCCCAAGCCAACAAAGAGGGGGGGUGAGAAGAAUGCUGGCAAAUCAAGAAGGAAGAAAAACAGAGGGAAAAACAAGAAGAAAGGGUCUCCCUGUGAAAUGGAAUACAAAAACUUUUGCAUCCAUGGUGAAUGCAUUUACCUAGAACAUCUGCAGAUGGUUACCUGCAAGUGUCAUCAGGAUUUUUUUGGUGAGCGCUGUGGUGAACAGUUCAUGAAGACUCAACGGAAGAAUGAUGUGGCAGACUACUCGAAGACUAUAUUGGUAGUGGUAGCUGUCCUGCUCUCAAGCAUCAGCUUCAUUACUGUACUUAUCAUUGUGAUAGUGCAGGUCAGGAAAAAGUGUCCUCAGUAUGAAGAGAAAGAAGAAAGGAAAAAACUUCGACAGGAAAACAGAAAUGGUCACGUUGGUGUGUAAAUGAAGAAAGAACAGAACAGUUCUGGUGUGGCCACUGCAAAGCUGCAGGGUACCUCUGGCUACCUGACACAUCCCCCUGGACACUGUGGGCUGGAGCUGUUGCCACUAAGCCCUGAUUCAUCCAGACAGAGGCUGCUGCAAGAAGAUCUCAACAUGCCACUUGCUGGUGAAUUGCUUACUGGGGAGGACAGUUACUGCUACAUCUAGUCACAAUUAUGUGGAAGGAGCUGCCACGACGUGGUAGAGGACCUGCUAGAGACUACUGCUGCUGAGCCCUCUCAUCGGUGCUGGAGCUCUGGUCUCUGCUCUUGUAUGGAUGGACUUUCUUCUGUUAGCAAGUCUCCUUUGGCAGCUCUAAAUCGAAGGGAGAGAGCUCAUUGUGGCCUUCAGGAAUGGAAAGAGGGGGGAAAAUUCCUUCCCUCUCUAAAAGUGGCAAAGGGAAGAGCUCUGUAUGGGUUCUCUCCCUAGACCUCAGCAAAUUAAAAACAUAAUUCUGCUGUC